AAAGCACUGGUGCGGUCUGGGUUGGGUCUGUCUUGCUCGCUGCUUACUGGUAGUGUUCUCUGGCUACAUGGUGCAGUGAUACAUUUUCAUUCCUUCGCGCACAAGGAGAGCCCAUGUCUUUCUUAUAGACAUGAUGAGCUUUGUGUUUUCAAGGAUUUGCCUUUUUCUGGUUGUCUCUGUGACUCAGGUUUUUUUUGUGAAAUGCCAGGACGGAAACAGUGGAGAUGACCUGGGCUGCACGGUCGACGGCCAGGUGUACACCAACCGAGACAUUUGGAAACCAGAGCCAUGUCGGAUCUGCGUGUGCGACAGUGGCGCCGUCCUGUGCGACGAGAUCCAGUGCGAUGAGCUGUCCAACUGUGAGAAGGUGACCAUCCCCGAGGGCGAGUGCUGUCCCAUCUGCCAGAGCGAGGGCAGCACAGACACCAGUGGCAACGGCAGACCUGACGGUGGCAGAGUCUACAGGGGUCAGAAAGGAGAACCUGGAGAUGUACCGCAGGUGACUGGGAUCAGAGGUCGUCCUGGGCCUAUGGGGCCUCCCGGGUCGCCAGGAUUCAGAGGGGACCGAGGCCAGACUGGAAGACCUGGGCAGCGUGGACCAGCAGGAUAUGACGGAGAGCCUGGUGUGCCUGGAAACCCAGGAGAGCCAGGGCCUGCAGGAAACCAAGGUCCUCCAGGAGGACUGGGAGCUCAGAUGGCUGGAGGCUUUGGGGAUGAGAAAUCAGCCGGCCAAACGGCCAUGGUGCCAGGAACUAGGGGAGAGUCAGGAGCAAGAGGACCUCCUGGGCCAAAUGGAAACCCUGGCCAUUCUGGACCACAAGGAGCCCCUGGGGAAGUCGGUGAUCCAGGUCACAUGGGUCCAUCUGGACAAAGGGGACCUGAAGGGCCACCUGGAAAGCCAGGUGAAGACGGAGAAGCAGGGAAAGCUGGAAAUUCAGGAGAGAUGGGUUUCCCUGGAUCAGCGGGAGCUAGAGGAUUUCCAGGGACACCUGGGCCUCCAGGACUGAAAGGCCAUAGAGGUCACGCAGGUCCAAUGGGUCUAAGAGGAGAAACUGGAACUGUAGGAUCCAAGGGUGCAUUAGGUCCCACUGGUCCGAUUGGCACACCUGGCCCUAUGGGCCCUAGAGGCAUGCCUGGGGAGAGAGGCCGCUUAGGAGCUAACGGAGUACCAGGUAUGAAAGGUCCUCCUGGGAACAUUGGUAAACCAGGUCCGAUGGGUCCGUUAGGUAUCAAUGGUCCUCCAGGAUAUCCAGGAAUUCCAGGAAUGAAGGGCCAACCAGGUGCCACAGGAGUGCGGGGCCCUGAGGGGCAACAGGGCCAGAGGGGUGAGACAGGACACCAAGGCAGGGCAGGGGCAACUGGCCUACAAGGUCCUUCAGGAACUGACGGUGGCCCAGGUACUAAGGGUCCAGUGGGUAGCAUGGGUGUACAGGGUCCCGGGGGUCACCUGGGACCCCAUGGUCCACCAGGACCUCAGGGAAGCACUGGACAGCCUGGGAUCAAAGGUCAACUGGGAGAUGUUGGUGUACCUGGGUACAAAGGAGAGGCCGGACCCAAAGGAGAAUCUGGUCCCCCUGGUUCCCAAGGAGUGAUUGGGCCCCAGGGCGAGGAGGGAAAGAGAGGAACUCGGGGUGACUCUGGUUCGUUAGGACCACCGGGUCCUGUUGGUGAGCGGGGGUCUCCUGGUAACAGAGGUUUUCCCGGUGCUGAUGGAUUACCUGGUCCUAAGGGUGCUCAAGGAGAUCGUGGACCUUCUGGCAUAUCUGGCCCUAAAGGUUCAGGAGGAGAUCCCGGUCGCACUGGCGAACCUGGCCUCCCAGGCGCAAGGGGUCUGACAGGCACCCCAGGAGUCCAGGGAGCCGAGGGCAAGCCAGGACCACUGGGCCCAGCAGGAGAAGAUGGCCGCCCAGGACCAGCAGGGUCUAUUGGAACCAGAGGUCCUGCAGGAACCAUGGGAACACCUGGACCAAAGGGCUUUAACGGAGAUCCAGGGAAGACAGGUGAACAAGGAUCUGCGGGAGUGGCAGGACAAAGAGGUCCUCCUGGGAAAGAUGGGGAGGUUGGCCCUGCAGGUCCCGCUGGCCCUCCGGGUGUUGCUGGUGACAGAGGAGAAAUGGGACCUCCCGGUGUGAACGGCUUCCAGGGAUUACCUGGACCUCCAGGUCCCCCCGGAGAGUCAGGAAAACCAGGUGAUCUGGGUAUACCCGGAGAAGGAGGUGCUGUGGGUCAAAUUGGACCAAGGGGAGAGCGUGGAAUCCCAGGAGAGAGAGGAGAACUCGGACCUCACGGUCUAGCUGGACCCAAGGGAAUCCCGGGAGCACCAGGACCCGAUGGACCAAAGGGUAGUCCUGGUCCUCACGGUGGAGUUGGUGACCUAGGGCCUCCUGGUCUUCAGGGGAUGCCUGGUGAGAGAGGGAUCUCUGGUCCUCCUGGGCCUAAAGGUGACAGAGGGACAGGUGGAGAGAAGGGAUCAGAAGGUACACCAGGAAACGAUGGCGCAAGAGGUCUUCCUGGUCCUCUUGGCCCACCCGGACCCCACGGACCCAGCGGUGAAAAGGGAGAAGCUGGACCUAAAGGCCCUCCCGGGCCUCAUGGAUCAAGAGCGAUGCCUGGAAACCGUGGUGAACCUGGCCCUAUUGGUCCUGUUGGGUUUGGUGGACCACCCGGUCCUGAUGGUCAACCAGGAGUCAAGGGGGAGCCCGGAGAGCCAGGUCAGAAGGGUGACGCUGGUUCUCCAGGGCCUCAGGGCUUGGCUGGAUCCCACGGACCUCCUGGUAUUGUUGGUGUGGCCGGACUGAAGGGCGGCAGAGGAACCCAGGGUGCACCUGGCCCCACUGGUUUCCCUGGAUCUGCAGGCAGGGUUGGACCACCAGGCUCAACUGGUCCCGUUGGAGAGGCUGGACCCCUUGGUCUCCCUGGGAAGGAGGGUCCUCCUGGCCUUCGUGGAGAGAACGGAUCCCCUGGGAGACAAGGAGAAAGAGGUCCCCCAGGACCAGCCGGAGGCCCAGGAGACAAGGGAGACUCUGGAGAGGACGGACCCACGGGUCCUGAUGGACCUCCAGGUCCCGCCGGAACAACAGGACAGAGAGGCAUUGUGGGCCUUCCUGGUCAGAGGGGAGAGCGUGGAAUGCUGGGACUUCCAGGACCAGCGGGUCCUCCAGGGAAACAGGGGACUGCAGGACCUGGGGGAGACAAAGGCCCCCCUGGCCCGCUCGGUUCUCCUGGUGCCAACGGACCCCGUGGUGAUCCUGGUCCCGAUGGUCCUGCUGGUUCUGAUGGGCCCCCAGGCAAAGUUGGAGUCAUUGGUCAAAGGGGAGACAGAGGGGACCAUGGUCCAGAGGGUCUGAUCGGGACCCCGGGACUACCCGGAACUCCUGGUCCAGUCGGUGCCACCGGUGGUUCUGGAAAGAGAGGAGACGCAGGUUCCAGAGGACCAAACGGUCCCCCAGGUUCAACAGGAAAGAGAGGGCUAAUGGGACCACAAGGACCCAGAGGUGAUAAGGGUGACCUGGGAGACCAUGGAGACAGAGGACAGAAGGGACACAGAGGAUUCACCGGUUUACAAGGUCUACCCGGACCACCUGGUACAACAGGAGAGCAGGGAGCAUCAGGAAUCGUCGGACCAAGCGGACAAAGAGGACCCUCUGGACCAGUUGGACCACCAGGAAAAGAAGGGUAUAUCGGCCAGCCUGGACCAAUGGGACCUCCUGGAACACGUGGAAUUAGCGGCGAAAUCGGACCUGAGGGACCUCCUGGAGAGCCAGGCCCCACUGGUCCUCCCGGCCCUGCAGGCCCCCCCACGGCUGCCAUGGAUGACCUGUUUGGCGCCAUGCAAGACUACGAUGGCGGCCCCCCUCCUCCUCCCGAGUUCAGUGAGGAUGAGGCUUUGCCCAACAGCAAUGCCACCCAGCAGCUGGACCCAGGUGUCCAGGCCACUCUGAAGGCCCUCAGCAGCCAAAUCGACAGCAUGAAAAGCCCCGACGGCAGCAGGAAGCACCCGGCUAGGACUUGUGAGGACUUGAAGCAGUGCUACCCACUGAAGAAGAGCGGUGAAUACUGGGUCGAUCCAAACCAAGGAAGCUCAGAGGAUGCUAUCAAAGUACAUUGUAAUAUGGAGACGGGAGAGACCUGCAUCUCGGCCAAUCCUGCCAGCAUACCUCGCAAAGUGUGGUGGAGCACCUCAAGGAAUAAGCCUGUGUGGUUUGGAGCUGACAUCAAUAGAGGACAACAAUUCACCUACGGUAACAAAGACCAGCCGGCCAACUCUGUCACGGUUCAGAUGACGUUCAUUCGUCUGCUCUCCAAAGAGGCUUCUCAGACCAUCACCUUCCACUGCAAGAACACAGUGGGCUACAAGGAUGAGGCGACUGGGAAUCUGAAGAAAGCUGUCAUCCUCAAGGGGUCCAAUGACCUGGAGCUCAAAGCAGAGGGAAACAACCGCUUCAGAUACACUGUGGUGGAGGACAGUUGUGGAAAAUCCAAUGGUAACUGGGGCAAGACAGUGUUUGAGUACAGGACCCAGAAAACAGCCAGACUUCCCAUCAUGGAUAUGGCCCCUGUGGACAUUGGUGGUUCGGAUCAGGAGUUUGGUAUCGAUAUUGGGCCCGUUUGCUUCCUAUAAAUUCCAACAACAACAUGGACGCAUUGAAGACAAUCCUGAGACUCUUGAACUAUCAGCUGACGCGAUCAGCCUUGUACAUACAAGUACUGCGGACUAUUCUCGCCUCGUGGCGAGAUAUUUAUUGUGCCUUUCCAACCGUUCCCUAUCGUAGUUGAUAUGUUUUUGCCCUGUGUACGUUAGAUGAAUGUUUGGGGGAAAUAAAGAACAAGUAAGCAACA